CUUUAUGUUGUGAGAGUCAUGUUUGCGGAAGUACGAGUUUCACGGGGGUGUAGCAUGGCUGGUGAAGGUGGCUUAUCUGUUUUAAAAUAGCGGAAAGUUUGGCACUAGAAGUAUGUUAAUAUGAAUGUGUGAACUUCCUUUUUCGGCAAAACAAGCUAAUAAUAUUGUCUCACAAAGAGAGGACACGCUGUGAGCAUGGCCCGACCUCUCCAGGUCCUGUCCCUCCUCUCCAGGCUUGGUGCUCUGUCAGUAUUGCCCCCAGUUUCUACUAACGGCUGUCGAUUUGCAAGCAGGGGUGCCAGCAAGGCAUGGGUGGGACAGAGCCAUGGGCACAGAGUCUCAAACAGCGCUUCAAGAUACAGUGAUGAGAUGUCUGAUGAAGAACUUGGACUGGACGAUGUAGAAGACAAGCUCCAGGCCUUGGAUGAUGAGGGGAGAAAGAGGCAGAAGACUGUGAAGUAUCAUAUACUGAGAAGGCGGAUGACCCCAUCAGGAGCUCCACAGAGGAAGCUAACCUGGGAUGCUAUUGAGCAGAUCAGAUAUCUGAAGCAAGAGCAACCAGAUGAGUGGACAGUAGACCGGCUGGCUGAGGGCUUCUCGGUCACCCCGGAUGUCAUCCAGAGGGUCCUCAGGAGCAAGUUUGUCCCCACUCCUGAAAGAAGAGCCAAGCAGAAUUCUAAAGUGGUGUCUGGACUCAGUCAGCAGGUGCUGCCUUUAGGUGCUGGGACAGGGCAGGACAGGCUGAAGCUGAUUGGAAACCACACACCAGCUGUACUCCCAUCUGGAAGAAGAGAAGGUGCAGUGGUGCCUGUGGCUGAGCAGCCUUUGAUUCUUGGAGUUGAAAGCUCAGGAUUGAUGGCUAAUAGUCCAGCCCCUGUUACUGUUCUGCCCACCCAGUUCAGAGCUGGUAUUAGUAAAGAUGCCCCGGUGACAAGAGGAACAGAAGAGAACAGAAACACAAAUCCUACAGAGGAGGACGAAGAGGAUGACGAGAGCUGGGAUGGGCUCGUGUUGACAGAAGAAGAUCUUCAAGAGUUUAUGGAAAUGGAAAAGCCUUCCCCUGUGGCACAAGUUGGGAAUGACUUCUUUGAUGCAGAAGGCAAUUUUUUGUAUAGAAUCUGAGGACAUCCUGACCAAGUGUUGGCUAACCAUGUAUGAUGUUCAGGUUGGUUAUUAGAACACUUAGUAACAGGUUAUUACUGUACAGGCUAAACAGGCCGUUUAGUUUAAUAAAGUUAAAUACACAUGUA